AUGAGAUUCAAAUACAUCUCUUUUAUCAUUUUAAUUUCGUUCUCAUUAUUAGUGUGGUUUUCUCAUUUAUCCAAUUUUACGUGUACCUCAUCAGCAAAUCUUCCAAUAUGCAUGCCUCAAUAUGUGUUCCAUUUCAAAGACGACACUCCAACCUCUAAGGUGCUAUUCAGCACCGUAAAGGAGUUUUUUUCUCUAUUAUCGUUUUUUACAUUGGAUUUCAACUGGGGAAUAGAUUUGAGUGAGUUGCAAGAUAGAUAUAAUCAAUCAAAUUUGAUAAACAUAUUUCAUCCAUCAAAUACGUAUUAUGUGAAUGCCUUCGGUUAUUGUAAACAUCAGGCCCAAGAUGAGAAGCUAAACCAUUACUGUAUAGAUAACACAAACGGGCUAAAUAUAAUAUCCGUUCUAAUUCGUGAUUUGGGCUUUCAAUUCGGGGUUUUAUCGGAGACUAAUGUAAAGAUAACUGGUGAUUCGUUCUGGAUCAUAUACCAGACGUUAAUCAAUUCCUUCAAUAAAUUUUUAGAGGAUGAUAAAAGAGGAAACACUUUAUUGAAAAUGAUCACCCCAAAUGAUCCGAACGAAAUGGAACAAUGGAAAACAAGACUAUGGUUGAUAAACAUUUAUGAUGCUGUCAAUGUUGUGUUGAAAUGGACAGUAGUAGCUAACUGCAUCUUAGCAUCUCUAUGUUUGAUGCUUCUUCUUUUCUGGAUGUGGAUGCAAAUCGAACACAAAAAGACACAAAGUCCAAUCAAGCAAUUGAAUUGGAAUAUCAAUUCAAUCUGCUCAAUAACUCGGUGUCUGAGUAUUUGCAAUGCAACAAUUACUUUCAUCUAUAUUCUUCACAUAUUGCUGCUUACCUUCAUGAUUAAUUGUUUCCGUUACAAAAGACUACAAAUUAUCCACGCGUCUCUCGGAACGGGUGCAUGGUUCCACAUCGCGAGGUUCUUUGUGGAGCUAAUAUUUGCGGUGCUAUGUUUCAAAUGGAUGACACCACACUCAGCCAUGUCUGCAUCAGUAAUGAGCGAAACACAAUCAACAGCCGUAGAAGAUGAAGAAGAAAAAGAUACUGAGGAUAAUUACAGCGCGCUAAAUCCUGCUAGUGGGACUACUGCAGUCGAUGGAUUCCUGCUCACUGUGUAG